AUGCAUCGACUUCAAUCUCCGACCACGUCUGAUUCUCUGCCUCUGUGUUUUUGGUUUCACUCCCUUCGUGCAGGCCGACUGAACCAGCAAACCGGCACCACUAGGUGCCGUAGGAACCUUACCAACACGGGCACUCACGGUUUCCCACGCAUCUUCAGACUCCAUCCCACACGCCCGCCCCGCGCCCUGAGAGACUUGCUAUGCCAAUCUAAAGUUUUGGUUCUCGAUCCUGACCCGUUAAUCUCUUCCUACCUCGACGGCUUUUCUACAAUUACGGUCCACGGUAUCUGUCUAUCUACGGAGAACAGGUCGGUCACGACCAGAUGUCACCGACCGUGGUCUCGACCGCUCGGCUCCGGAAAGUACCUCGCCCUCCACGACACUACACAACUCUCAAAUUCAUCCGAUAACCUGCCAGACACUCAGAAGCCAAUAUCAGCAACAUAUUGUCGUCGCGUAAUGUCCCGAAUGUCCCGCACCGCUGGCGAUCACGAGUCCGCGUACGACAAACAAAUCUGCGUAUUACAGAUCAGUACGGAGAACACACGCCAACUGACUGUUGGCAUUUGCCUCUUUGCGCUUCCCCGCCGUCGUCACCCACAGCAGCUCUUCCCAAGCUUCAUCAGCAUCGCAAGGUUCGAGCCGCCUUGUCAUUCGGCUCCAUCCUCCUUCAGACAUCUCUACAUCUUCCACACCGAAUCAAGUUGCCCCCUACAAAGUACACGAUCAAAACAUCUCCAGUUCUCCUACGGACAUGCUUCCUCCACCACAUCCAUGCAUGCAUGGCACGGGUGCCGUAGCGCUUUUGCUCCAAUCAUACCCCUGCCUUUUUCGUCUUCCUGGUCCUCGUCCCUCUUUGAGGUCCUCAAGUCCCAGACAUUUGAUGCCUCCACUUCAAAAACAGCACUUCCACUUCCAGGACCAGGGCUAGGGACGGCAAACCAGGAUCGAAUGCCCGUCACAUCAAUACAGAGAAAAAGAGAACUACCUAUGGGCACUUGGAAUGGAUCCAUUCGAAACUGGGAUCCUCGCCAGUCACGGUCGUCCAGCAAAUGCUAUCCACGUCCUCCGUUUGCUGUCACAUUUGAGAUGCUAUUCGCGGCGCGUCCACAGCAUUCACUCGACGUGUCACGCCUUUAUGGGAAUGACAAACCCCACAGCGGCUUCAUGCGCGAGCAGCUAUCGGCUGGAUUUUGUCCUUCUGCUGUUGCUUCAGACACUGUCUGCCACGUCGCGCGCUGUCCACCCACUGGGAAUGUGGCACUGGGCUUUCGCCGUGAUCUGGCUUUGCCCCCUUGCCUAGGCCUGUGGAAUCCUACAAUACAAAAGAGAGUGGCUAGUCUUGUUAGGUAUCUGGCCAGACUCGGUCUAGCACGUUUAUGUGUCAUGCAGGAGGUAGUACCGCUUCUGCAGGAACAGACUACAGGCACAUCCUCCGCCAGCAGGAAUCGUGGAAUUCGCACACUGAGCCGAGAGCCAAGGCGCCCGUACUUCGUACUAGCAGGCACCUUGGGUUGGGUUAACUAUGACCGGACACAUGCUACACCGUCUGCUACUCAGCCGUCACUUGCGCCGCCAAAUGAGUGCACCAUAUAUCCAGGCGUUGCCUCAACUUCGACGCAAAUAACCUCGAGGGACAGUUGUCAACCCAAGAUCCCUCGAAUCGACGGGCUAGAUUUCUGGGAAUACUCGCGGGAUAUUCACUUCUCGGAAGCAUCCGUGUUUUGUCGCCAAUUGCACUCUUGGGAGUUCGAAGUGAUCCUAGACUGUUGCGCAAGUCCCCAACCCGAGCGCCUGAGAAAACACGGGACUAUGCAGUCAAAGACCGCUCACUCCAGCACUCACCAUGCCUUCGAUGACUCGGGAGCAGUUCCUAACCAAGUCAUGAGGUCACACAACGCAACUGGGCAAUCGCUCGAGCCUCUCAUCAGCACCUUUCAAUUACAUCUCAUGGAACAGUCUAGGCUUUGGGAGUUCCCAAACCUACACAGAGUGAGUAAGUUGGGCAGUCCAGAUUUACGUGGGAAAAGCGGUGUCUUUGCUGCAGCUUCUACUUCCACCGAUGGCACUGAAAGGCUAGUGGAUCAGAAGGGGUCCGUAGAGCAAUCGGUCAGGUCGGCAAUUUUCUUCGAUCUGAACAGGCUCGAUGUCCAUCCAACCGGCAUUCCGAAGCAAAAUGGCAAGAUAAUUCUCUUCAGGCCCCUGAGGCUCGCGGGCGCAGCGUCAGUUCUUUUCCAGAUCCGGAGAAUCGUCCCCGGUCGUGUUGAUAAAGUCGACAUUACGGCCUUCAAUCAGCCAACGAGAGAGCUCGGAGUGGGAUGGAACAAGCAACAGAUGGCAGUGAAGAAAGCGGGCCCUUGGAGAGACCAGGCAGACUAUGGAGUACGGAGUAUGGCCUACGAAAACCCUCUGGCGGCAGUGCAGCUAUUCCCGACUGGUGCUGUGGGCGCGAACCAGAUGCGAGUACCAGGAAACCCCCUCUCCAGCGUCGCUUUUUCCCUCAGCGCCUCAGCGGCCGUUCACAUUCGAACCACAGGCGCGAAAGCCCAGGAGCUCAAGGCGCGCAAUGAGAUCCCACACUACAAUCCCAUGAAAAGCCGCUCUGAAUGGGAGAGACAAUUGGUGGCCUGUGCCAGCCGCCUCGGAAGCCAAGCGUUAGGAUCGACAGAGCCAGCCAAUCAAGCGUGGCGGGAGGGCAAGAGGACUUGGACCCUGAGAAAGACAGGUGGGAACUUGGGAGCUCGUUGCAUUGCAAACUGGAAUAGCCCCUCGUCCCAUAUGCGGCCCAGGCGGAAUGCCGAAGCAGACAGAGCGUCAAACACAAUAUGCUACUUUGUCCCAGCAUACGGGGUCAUCUUGAUACCACGCCAGACGGCAGCUCUAGGCCACCCAUUCUCCAGUUCCGCUAAUGAAGCUGUCCGCUACUGCACCUCACCAGCUGCAGCUCACUUUUUGUCAUGGUCGUCCGUUGCUGCAGAACACAACAAGCGAUUGUUUCGUUCAUAUAACAAGGGCGAGGAUAUUCUACCAGCAGCUCCCGCUAUUCUGCCACCAACGGGAGCUGCUGGCAGAAUAUCCUCGCCCUAUGACAAACAGCCAGCUGCAUGCGAGGGCUUUGAAGCCUCAGACUACGCCAAGUACCGUAAUGACAAGAAGAUGAUUUGGAAAUGGAGAGGUUCAACUGCAAUCACCAAGCUCAACGAGGCCCUUCGUCCGAAAUCUCAGCGUGCCACUCGCAGCCUUGUGUUUGAUGACCUCGGCCUACGUGGGACUUUUGGCACACAAGCUGUUCUCUGUUCGCACCAAGAACAUUUGAAUUUCCUCGGGCCUUGUAACCCUCCACGAUCCCAACAAGAAGAUGGCGUCUUUGGAUCUCCAGUGGACCCGUGGAAGUCAUAUUGCAUUGGCUUUGGACAUUCUCGCCCCUGGAUCAAGCCUGGUGCUUGCUUUGCAGAUACUACAAAAAGACUUUCUAACAUCAUCUUCAGUCGACAGCUCAGUAUAGAAACGGGAAAACUCCUCCAGGAUUACUCUACCAAAAGCAAUACGGAUUCGGUUGACAUCCCGACCCCUCAACCUCCCGGGGUCGAAUAA